AUGUCAGAUCAUCAGAGACAGAGAAUCCACCCUAUGGAUGUGGAAGCACGACCACACCCUAGGAUGCAUUUAGUACCUCCGGGCUCGUCUAGAUCAGAAAAGGGUAUCCCGGUGCCUUCUCCACUGCUGCAUCAACACGCUAUGCGUGCAAUAAACUCUUCACAACCAAAGAGAAGCUGCUUUUGCAGGUGCAUAUGUUGUACACUAACCUUGUUAUUCCUUCUUCUCAUUAUCUUAGCAGCAUCUGUAGGAGCCCUUUACCUCAUCUUCAAACCGAAGCUUCCAAAUUACUCAGUCGACUCUUUGAGGAUAACUGAUCUGAGGCUUAACUUAGACUUGAGUCUCUACGCAAAGUUUGAAGUAAAGAUCACAGCGACAAACCCGAACAAGAAGAUUGGUAUAUACUAUGAAAAAGGAGGGAAGUUGAGUGUGCUGUACACAAACACAAAGCUUUGUGAAGGGUCUUUACCUGAAUUCUACCAAGGUCAUCAGAACAAAACAGUGCUUAAUGUGUCGUUAACGGGCCAAGUUCAGUCUGGAAGCACUUUAAUGUCGGCGUUACAGCAACAACAGCAGACAGGAAGAAUUCCAUUGGAUCUCAAUAUCCAUGCACCAGUUGCUAUCAAACUUGGGAGGUUGAAGUUGAAGAAGGUGAAAGUGUUGGGGCAAUGUCAGUUGGUGGUUGAUAGCUUGUCAUCUAAUAAUCUUAUAAGCAUCAAGGCUAGCAACUGUAACUUCAAAAUGAAAGUUUAA